AUGAACAAGAUUGCUUGGGUUUAUAGCGUGCUGGCGUUUGCUGGAUUAGUGUCUUCGUUGGCAAUUUCAAUUCCAAAUGAUAACCAUUUGGAAGCUCGUUCUAUAGAAUCAAGUGCUUUACAAGAAGGUAGUGCUGGCAGUCAUGAUACGACUCUUGAACGUCGAUCACCCAAAAAUAGUAACCCAGUUCAAGUUGUUAAAGUUCAAUCACCUGGCCUUAUGAGUUUGGUUAAAGGCGCCGUGGUUAAUUCUGUAGUAAAUCGAUUAGUUGGUACUCGUAUAGUGCACUAA